AAAAAAAAAACAGUAGGAGUAAAACAGCACAUGGCGCUUACUGUUGGGUUGAUUUGAACGUAUUAGAGGAGAAAAGAAAAAAUCGAUAAGUUACGAAAUGGCUGGACUCGAGCUGUUGUCUGAUCAGGGCUACCGGCUGGACGGACGGAAGGCCACUGAGCUGCGGAAGGUGCAGGCCCGCAUGGGGGUGUUCGGGCAGGCGGACGGAUCCGCAUACAUGGAGCAGGGCAACACGAAGGCACUGGCGGUGGUGUACGGACCCCAUGAGGUUCGAGGGUCCAGAAGUAAAUCCCUACACGACCGUGCGGUCAUUAACUGUCAGUACAGCAUGGCCACGUUCAGCACGGCAGAGAGGAAAAGACGACCACAUGGCGAUCGGAAGUCCAGCGAGAUGAGUCUUCACCUGAAACAGACCUUUGAAGCUGCUGUCCUCACCAAGCUCUACCCACGCUCCCAGAUAGACAUCUAUGUUAAGAUCCUUCAGUCAGAUGGUGGAAACUAUAGUGCGUGUGUUAACGCAGCUACUCUGGCCCUGGUGGAUGCUGGCAUCCCUCUGCGUGAUUACGUGUGCGCCUGCACAGCCGGCUUCGUGGAGGACACGCCGCUGGCUGACCUGUGCCAUGCUGAGGAGAGUGGCGGUGGCACCACACUGUCCUUGGCACUUCUGCCUCGCAGUGAGAACAUCGCACUGGUCCAGAUGGAUUCCCGUCUCCACCAGGACCACCUGCCAGCACUGAUGGAAGCUGCGACCGUGGCCUGUAAGGGUCUCAGCAAAGUUCUGGACAGUGUUGUACGCCAGCACCUACAGGAAGUUUCUGUGCAGACACGAGAGUAAGGAGUCCUUCUGCAGAACUUAAAUGAACAGUUUUUUUUUUUUUUUCUUUAUUUGAAUCUGAAAACACACUGAUGACUGAAAUUCUCAUGCUGUGUGUUUGAAGGGACAGUAUAGUGGAGGAGGAUGGUUAAGACUUUACAUUCCAGCUCUUUUAAUAUUAUUGUAUCCUAAGUAUUUGUAUUUCAUAAACAGCUCAUGGUCAUGGGGUAAGUAAAGGAAUAAAGGAACAACCAGUCAAAGCACAGUGCAGUGAGUGUGUGUGUGUUAACUACAGUAUGUAUUGGUAAAAAUAUAAAAUAAACCCGUAAAAGUGAAUCACAAA